CAGCAGCAGCAGCAGCGGCAGCGCGGGCGGCGGCGAGGCCGCAGGCGCUCACAGACACAAGAAGCGGGAGAAGCUGCAGCAGCAGCAAGCAGGCGCAUGCAGCAGCAAACUGCGCCAGCUGCAGCAGCAGCAAGCACGCGCAUGCAGCAGCAAACUGCGCCAGCUGCAGCAGCAGCCGCAGCCGCAGCAGCAGCAGCAGCAGCGACAGCCAAAGCGACGCGGAAGCGGAAUCGCAGGAGAAGAGCAGCAGCGGCGUCUCCCCGUUGGGCGAUCCCCUCACUUCUACCUCAGAGCAGCAGCAACAGCAGCAGCAGCAGCAACAGCAGCAGCAGCAGCAACAGCAGCAGCUGCUGCUGCAGAGGCCUCGCUCCCGCGGGCUGCCCACGGGAGCCGAAGCAGCAGCGCAGCAGCGAGUCCCUCCGCCGCAGCCAGAACAGCACCCCCAGCCGCAGCAGCAGCAGCAGCAGCAGCUGCAGCAGCAGCAGCAGCAGCAGCAGCAGGGUUUGGGGGCGCAGGAGGCGCUGCAGCUGCAGUGCGUUUGCCUGGAGCUGGAGGAAGACAUAGCGACUCUGAAGAGAGCCUGUGGGGAGCUGAAGGCGCUGCUGCAGCAAAUUUUUGAAAAAGAAAAAAUUCCGAAAAGUGAAAAGAUUGACAAAGCAGCAUUUCGGCAGCUCUGGUGUACAGACACCGCAGACGCAGCGCAGGGCGCCCUCGCAGACGCGCUCUUCGGGCUCUGCUGCAGCAGCGCCCGCAGGCGCAGCCCCAGCAGCAGCAGCAGCAGCAGCAGCAGCAGCAGCAGCAGCAGCUGCAGCAGACACCGCUGUGGGGCCCCAGAGGCCCUCAGCUUCACCGAGCUGCUCCAUUUGCUGCCCCCGAGGGCCCUCGAGUGUCUUUGGUGCAGCGCAGAGCUGCGCAGAAAGGCGCGGCAGCAGUACCGCUACUUCUGGAUCUGA